CUGGACAAUUUGGGAGAAAUUCUGCUGCCGUUCCAAUGGUGUCUGGAGCUAUUGCUUUAGUAUUGCAAGCUAAUCCAAAUCUCAGCUAUAGAGAUGUUAUGCACUUAUUGGUGCUGUCUUCAAACCCAAAUCUGCCAUUCAACCCAAAUGAUUUUAAAGAAAAUGCAGUCGGUAAAAAAGUGUCAAAAACAUUUGGAUUUGGGCUUUUAGAUAUUGGUAAGCUUGUAGAUAUUGCUGAAACGUGGCAAAAUAUAAAUGAACUAACGGUAUGCAGUUUCAGGUCCAAUAUUUCCUGCAGCCUAUCGUCGAAUCGUACGGAGAAUGUCACCUUUGAAAUUUGUAAGAUUAAUUCGUUAGAACAUGUACAGGUGUAUUUCAAAGUAGAGUCUCCAAGAUCAGGACAACUGACACUAGAUCUUUUGUCUCCAAGUGGUACAAUAUCAAAUAUAAUACCUGGAAGAUUUUUAGACCUCAACAGAUUGAACCUGAAUAUGACUGUUAUAACUGUUCAUUUUUGGGGAGAAUCAUCUGUUGGAAAAUGGACUUUAAUGACUGGGGACAUAAGUGGAAAUGAUUUAAUGCUUUCCAACGGAACAACGUUAGAAUGGGGUUUGACAUUUUAUGGAACAAAAGAUGCUUCUCCGUCAUCCCCAAUUACGUCAGCAUCCUCUACUAAAUUAUCAUCCGCACAUUCGUCGAUUAUUUCGCCUUCAGUGUUUUCCCUUCUUCCUUCAUCUUUUAGACCGACGAUUGGACACACGUCUGAACAAGAUUUGUCAUCCGUUGGAGAUUGUGAAGAAAUGCCAUUACAUGAUCCUCCUGAAGAAACACAUGUUGAAAUAAUAGUUCCAGUCGUAUCAAUUGUAGUAGCAGUUAUUUUCACAGGGUGUUUAAUUAUUUUGAUAUUCCGACGAAAACAGAUUUACAGUAUGGCUAGUAACAAAUCAUGUAACAAGAAAAUUGAUGCAGUUAAAAACAAAGAAGAACCCUGUGAAUUCAUAUCAACAAAUGGGUCAAGAUCAACAUGUGUAUGAUAUGCAAAUGAUUUUGUAAAAAUACAAAUGACAUAUAGUACUCAACAAUGCAAAUUUAACCUAUAUUGUAUUGUUUCAGUGUUGAUAUCUAACUUUAAGCAUACGAUGUGCUUUUCUUAAUUUUUCUUAAGUCAUUGUAAUAAAUAUCAUUUUCAUUCAGAUACUCUUUAAAAAUUCGGUAUUAUAAUUGAUCUGGUGGGAACAACACGAAGUAAUAACAAACUUCAAACAAAGCUUGAGUAAACUUCGAUGAACCCUUUUAAAACACUUGGUGUUAAUAUAUAUUUUAUUCAAGCUAUUUCCAAACUUCACAACUGUUCAUUGUCUUGUGAUUUUUCUGACAAAAAUACCUUCUUACAUGUAUAAAAAACACAAUGUCAUAUAAUGGAGAAACUUGACAUUAUGCUAUGUGUUUUCAUCUGACACGUUCUGCUUCAUGAAAACUUCAUCAGAAUUGAAAUAUCGCAGCAUACAAAAGUAAAAAUACAAGCAGUUGAUUACAUUCAAGCUUUUAAUCUGGCAUAAUCCUAAACGGUACUUAUCAGAAAUUUUAGAUCAUUGUUUCAGUAAAUGAAUGUCGAAUAUUAAAACGUUCAACAUGUUCAA